AUGUUGCGGUUGUCCCGGCAGCUCAUGUUGAUCGCGAGGGGCUUCAAGGUGUUGACAACUUCGCGUUCGGUAUAUCGAAUGCACGGCAGCGGAGGUGCUUGCUUGACCUUCGUUUAUUUGGCGUCUUCUUUAUCAGCGGGAGAUCACCGGCCAGUCGCGCGCAGAGGCCAGCGACUAAACCGUUUGUUUACAUGCCUUGCCUUUUUCGGACAGCUCAGGUGGUCAGCACCUCCGUCACGUCGUGUCUUCUUCUGCGACGGGAGCCCACCUUCUGUGCUUUUGCCGCUCCCGGGAGAGGAGGCAGAGGGCGGAAAGCGCGCUAAACCAGUCGCAAUGUCUACUGGACCGAUGGCAGCUGGAGCAGGCAGUCACGGCUUAUGGACCACAACAAGGGGGCCGAGGAAGGUAAACAACGAGCGCUUCGACCAUUUUACCCCGUCGAAACCCCCCGUAAUCCACACGUUAAUCACACCCGACCUCAGCAGGACCCGACACGACCCUUACAAGUUACAACCUAGUUCUUCAGCCCAGCUAUCGUUGCCGUUAUCACCACCGCAUCCAUCCAACUGCCCCUCCAAAAUCGUCACCCUUUCAAAGUACUUUCCACUGCCACUACUAAAGGACAAUCUGCCCUGCAUUCACUGCAAUUCUUCUACAAAGGCACCAUUGCAAUCGAUUCCCUAG